GUUACAAGUCAGGUUAUAACUACACUACAUACACUUCAAGCGAGCAAGAGUUCUAAUACCAAAAGUUCACAGGGAAGCGACCGUCGAAACAAUAACCUUAGAUCAGUGACUAUCAAACAGCUACACAAUGCAACACCAAUUAAUGAUUCUACUAUGUCAUUAGAUGGACUCGAACUUCGUGUUAUUAAAAUUGUUGGUGUUAUUAUACAUAAAACACCUCGUCCCCAAGGAAUUGAUUAUAUGGUGGAUGAUGGUACUGGAUUAAUUGAUGUAAAAGUAUGGCAUGAUGCUAGCGAUGAAACUAGUGUUAACAAAAAAAUUGAUAUUGCUAUAAAUACCUAUGCCAAAUUUUUUGGAAAUUAUAGAGUGUUUAGCUCUAAAAAGCAUUUUGCAGCACAUAUUGUUCGGCCAAUCGAAGACCAUAAUGAAAUCAGUUAUCACAUAGCUGAUGUCAUUUAUUCACAUUUAUACUUGAAAAAAGGAUUAAAUAAUUCAUCGGUAUCAAGUAGUUUUAAUAACGAAUCCCUAACAAAAAGUUCUAAUGAAGUAGGUAAUCAUGAUUCCUCUACGCCAUUAAAUAAAGACAUCUUUGAUCUCAUAAGCAAGCAAAAUAACACUCCAAUGGGAGCUGAUGUUAGUGAAAUUGCACAAAAACUUGCAUUCCAAUAUGGCUCCGAUCAGGCUGUUAGGUUUGCUAUAGAAGAUAUGAUUGGAGAUGGUCGACUUUAUGUUACGAGUGAUGAUAAUCAUGUAAAAACAACGGGGUGCUAA